CAAACUCUUUCCAACUAAGAGCUAUCGGCUCUACAUUCUAAUACUGACAUUCAUAUGCUAUGCAUCGUAUCACAUGUCAAGAAAACCGUUCAGUGUUGUAUCAAGUGUUCUAGCUCCAGGAUGCAAGCACCAUCACAGUGGAGGAGGAGGAGGAGAGAAUGAAAGUGACUUUGAAGACUUUCUAUUUUUGAGCAACAAUAGCAAUGCCGGUAACGAAUCAUGUGAAUACAUUGAUGGAUGGCCACCAUUUAAUGGCAGCUAUUGUAAAACUGUUAUUGGAGCUGUAGAUUAUGCUUGGUUAUUCACUUAUGCUAUUUUCAUGAUUGCAAGUGGGUUUAUAGCUGAUCGUGUCAAUUUACGCUAUUUUCUAACUGCUGGAAUGAUGGGAUGUGGUAUUCUUGUAGGUCUACUAGGUGUCUCCUACUUUGCUGGGAUUCAUUUUCUUUCUUUUUUCAUCAUUGUACAAGUUUUUGUUGGAAUGUUUGAGUCUACAGGUUGGCCAGCUACAGUAGCAGUAAUGGGUAAUUGGUUUGGUAAGAAGAACCGUGGUUUAUUAAUGGGUGUAUGGAAUGCUCACACAUCAGUUGGUAAUAUACUGGGAACUGCAGUUCCUUCUAUAUGGGCAAAGCCUUGUCAUGAAUGGGGAUGGUCUUUUCUGGUUCCAGCAUUUGUGAUGAUUUUUGUUGGAUUACUGAUGUUCUUCUUCCUAGUUCUUGAUCCCAAGGAUGUUGGCUUACCACCUCCUAAACAUCACCAGGCCAGGGAAGAACCUACAAUUGAGCCUUUGAAUGAUCCCAAAAUAAAUGAAAUAAAAGACGAAUCUGAGUUAUCUGAUGAAGAGCGUCGUCCUCUUUUAGGUUCUAUCCAAGAUGGUGGCAAAAAGCCAAAGGCAAUCAGUUUAUGGAGAGCUGCACUUAUUCCUGGUGUGAUAGAGUUUGCCUUAUCUCUGUUCUUUGCAAAAAUGGUUGCUUACACUUUCCUCUUUUGGCUACCAUACUAUGUCAGAUAUCACACUAUUGGUGGACGCUACGUUGGAGAUCAGAAAGCUGAUUUGCUAGCAACCCUUUAUGAUGUUGGAGGGAUUGUUGGAGGUAUAACUACUGGUGCUCUUUCUGAUGUCAUCAAUGCAAGAGCUGUAUCAUGUGUCAUAAUGAUGUACCUUGCUGUACCAACUCUGUUUGCCUAUCGCUUUGCUGGUGGCAUAUCACUGGGGACUUCCAUUGCUCUAAUUUUAUUUUGUGGUCUAUUCAUCAAUGGUCCUUAUGCUCUCAUCACAACUGCUGUCUCUGGAGAUCUUGGCACACAUAAAUCACUGAAAGACAAUCAGAAAGCUAAAGCAACAGUAACUGCCAUCAUUGAUGGCACUGGAUCCCUGGGAGCUGCUCUUGGGCCACUAGUAACUGGUUUUAUAUCAGACCAGUUUGGAUGGGAUAGUGCCUUCUAUGUUCUAAUGGGCUCAUGUUUCAUUUCUUCACUUAUGUUAACUAGACUGGUCAUAAGUGAAGCAAAGUAUUUCUAUUGGAAAUUUUAUUCAAAGAGUCAAAAAAUAAGGUCAUUUCAUGAAAGUGUGAGGAAGAUCUUAGGACCUGUUCUACCGCUGUUUGAAAAGUGCUGCAAUCAGUGCUGCUGAUUCAAUAAAGCUUAACAUUACUUUAGCUGCUGCUGAUUCGAUAAAGCUUAACAUUACUUUAGCUAUAAGACUUAUUAUUUGGGCGGGCCUGAAUAAAAAAAAACUCUAUUUUCUGUGUGCUAUUUUUUACCUCGUUUUUGACAUAGUGAAUAGUUUUAACAUAGAUAAUAUUAUCUAUGGUUUUAAUAAACCAUUUUAACUGCCACGCCCUUCAGGUUUGCAGAGAUAGUAGAAUGGACAAGAAAGAUGAAGUGGACAACAGCAGUCCAGUAACUGGGUCUUGCUUUGAAGGAAAACGCCAUCAUAAGGUGCAAUGGAAGAAGGUACCUUUGGGUGCUUGGAUCUUAAGUUAUUUAGGAGUCUUUAAUAUCUUACCAGCUAAAAAUCUUGGGAUGAUGUUUUCUACCUUUUGAUGGCAUCUUCUUUUGUAUCUGCAUUGUUGCUCACCAGACUAGUCAUUAAAGAAAUUAUAGAAUUAUAUAGAAGAUUUUAACGAUAAAUUCAACAAUGUUUUUAACUCAAAUAAUGCACACACUUUUAAUACUGUUUGUCCAUGCUCUAAAUGUCUGUGUUGUCCUCUCUUCCCUCUUCUUUUACUACUCCCUCUUAAUUUAAUAUUCUUGUGUCUGUGUGUUUAUUUAUUUCCUCCUGGGUGUCAAGACAACUGUUCCUGACAACCCUUCAGGCCUUUCUUCCUCUCUCCUCUGCCCUUCUCCUGUCUGCUUUUGUCUACUCUGCUGUAUAAGUCCUGUAAAAUUCUAAUAAUAAUAAUAAUAAUAAUAAUAAUGCUAUCUACAUGUAUGUGUUACAUUCUCUAUUGUUGCUUUAUAAUAAUAAUAAUAAUAUUGUCGUUAUUAUGCAUGUCUUAGGUAUUGUUCUACAGGUAUGACAUUUUAUCCUCCUCACCCUCAGUCAUUAUAUUUGUAUCUGUGUGUUUUUAGAUUAAUGGAAGACUGAGAUUUAUCAUUUCAACUUUUACUAUUACUUUAUAACAAUUAUGAUACCUU